GGAACGUACCUUUCCCUAAAAUGCUAGGUUAUUCACUAUAUGUUGGCUGUCGGUUGUUAGACACUGUUGCUACAGCAGACGUGAUGUGAUGGCCCUACGUCCAUAGACUAUUACACACUUUAAGGUCUCACCCCGAAAGUAGGCUUGUCUUUGACGAAACCAGCCUGCAUGAAUUACGUGGAUGUACUGUAGGCUUGUGAUUUUUGCUGCCUGCAAUAUAUGACGGGCGUUUAGACCGCGUGUCGUCUCUCCACUAACGAGAGAGUAGGUUGUAUCUUUAGGACUCUUCACUGUAUCCACCUGAGACCGUUAUAUGUCAGUAAGAAGCCAACGAAUGAGGUUCUACACACAUCAGCAUCACAGCAGGUGUAUCUGCAGCAGCACUUUGGAAUCGUACGGCAUCGGCACCGCACAAUACCCGUGCGCACGAUCUACUUGCUUAUAUUCGCACAAAGUUGGAAUUGGGAUAGGGGGUGUUGGUGGUCUAUGAAUGUGGCCGAGCGUGCCCCCCACCACAACAACUGCCUCUGUGCCCGUGGGGACUAUGCGCUGCACAACCCUGAAUGCACUGGCCGGUGGUUUGCGAGAACAGGGAGGGGGGUGGAGCAGCAGCAGGGGGUCGAGGGGGGCGCAGCAUGCCGCCUCCCUUCCGCAUCGCUGUGCUGGGGGCACAAGGCGUGGGCAAGACUGCCAUCGUGCAGCGCUUCCUCCACGAUGACUACAGCGAGGCGCCCGCCCCGGCAACCAGCCGCGCCCGCCGGGUCCAUCUGUCUGCUGCUGUGCUCAAUGGCCACGUGCACGACCUGCAGAUCACCGACUAUCCUGCCAUCACCAGCUUCCCCGGGAACUCGAUGCAGGAGUGGACAGACACCUGCUGCCGAGGCAUCCGCAGCGCUCACGUCUACAUCCUGGUCUAUGACAUCUGCUGCUUCGACAGCUUCGAAUACAUCAAGACCAUGCGCCAGCAGAUCCUAGAGACCAGGGUGUUGGGCACAGGCGACAUGCCCAUCCUGGUCGUGGGGAACAAGCGGGACUUGCAGCGGGGGCGUGUUAUCCCCCGCCACAACAUGUCCGACCUGGUGAGGAAGAACUGGAAGUGUGGCUACGUGGAGUGUUCGGCCAAGUUCAACUGGCACGUGCUUCUGCUGUUCGGGGAGGCUCUGCGCAGUGUGGGCUGUGCCCGCUGCAAACACGUCCAUGCAACCAUCCGCUUCCAACGGGCACUAAGAAACGAACGCUGUGCCCUCAUGUGAUUUACUCAGUGACGGUGGCUGCGCACCAGAGUGGCAUUGAGGGCCAUUGGUACAGUAAACCUCCCUAGGACCACCAUAGCUGACCACAAUGAAUGACCACAUUUCUGUCCCGUGAAGCUACAGUAUUAACAUGUAACAGCCCUCUGUUUUGCUGCUAUCUGACUUGAUCAGGGAUAGAGAGUACCACCCUAUCCAUCUUUGUAAAGUAUCUUUGAUAUUUUCUUGACUUGGAGGCAGCUAAACCAACCCCUUGCUGUAAAAAUUCUGAACUCGUUCAAGUACACUAAAGGAACUUUCCAGCAUCUGGGAGUCGCUCCAGACAGACAGAUUGGCUUAUGUUGUUUGACUCACCUGGACAUUGAUCGAUGUACGACAUUGCUAAUGUCAAAGCCCUGUUUGGAGUGGGAUUGAGGUUGACAUCUGCUGAUGCAUUCUCUUUCUCUGCUCGGAUGUCUUGAAGGUGCACACUUGAGCAUAUAAUCACCAGAGGUAGCUAAACGAAUUCCGUACACAAGCCCAUCUCAAUUUACGCCAAUCCAAAAGAUCCUCUCCUUUAGUCCUCUGAAACCAAAACAGCCAACCUUAGGGAGAUUUCUGUUCAAUGGAGUAAUCCAAUCCAGUCCACCUUUACGCUCCACUCGCAAACAAACAACUGUGUACAUCCUAAAAUCUACAACUGUAGAAGCACAUAAGGGUGUUUAUAUACAAACACAACUCAGACCAAACCCCUGAUAUGAGACUGUUAAUGAGAUGCUGUAAAAAUAAGGUCUAAAUGUAAUAAAAUACUUGAGGCUAGACGUGGUUGCCAAUAUAUCGAUCUGUUCAGGUCCUCUGAACUGCUAAAUACAGCAAUAAAUGAACAUGCCAUGCUUGAAUGUUAGUAAACUUUGGUAAAACGUAGGAAUAAGGGGGAACAAAAGGACACACUUGUUCCUGUAAGGUUGCAUUCAAUGAAUUUUUUUAUUUAUUUUAUUUCACCUUUAUUUAACCAGGUAGGCUAGUUGAGAACAAGAUCUCAUUUACAACUGCGACCUGGCCAAGAUAAAGCAAAGCAGUGGGACACAGAGUUACAGAUGGAAUAAACAAGCGUACAGUCAAUAACACAAUAGAAAAAAAGAGAAAGUCUAUAUAGUGUGUGCAAAUGGCGUGAGGUGGUAAGGCAAUAAAUAGGCCAUAGUAGCAAGUAAUUAUAAUUUAGCCAAUUAACACCGGAAUGAUAGAUGUGCAGGUAGAAAUACUGGUGUGCAAAAGAGCAGAAAAGUAAAUAAAAACAAUAUGGGGAAAGGAGAAUACAAUGCAGAUACAGCUAGCCUACCUGAGUGAAACUAAAUUAGUAUGGUACUAUAAGAAGAUAGUGUUAAUAAACUGCCAGUUGCAGGAAUGUUUUCUGUUUUGGACCAAUCACAUUCCAUAAGGAGAGCCUCAAAUGUCUAACAGCCCCCAAAAUCAGAGCCGAACUACUUUCGUGACCUGUGAUUUUAAUAAGCCUGUUCCUGAAUAAAUAAAUAAAAAUGUUAUAUAUGCUGAUGAGCUAGCUAGCUGUCUAUGAUUAUGAAGAUGACUUUAAAUUGCUCUGUGUUGAUGUGAACCUAUAAUUACGAUGGAGUCCUCAGACGUCCCAUUCUCUGGUCUGUUUCAUGAAUACAUCAUAAUUUGAGCAUCCUUCUUCAAUACUCCACAGGUAGGUCUGUCUGGAACUCUUACAUGGUCUAUAGUACAUAGCUAGAGAAACUCGACAGACUAAUAACAGUCUCAAAGACCACUGCCUUGCAUGGUUGCCCUUUACGCCACAGGUCAGAUUUACUUUUCCCUCCUCCACUGCCUUAGUCACAGACCUGCAUAAUCUCUUACCUGGGUACUACAUCAUUACACAUUCCAAUAAAAUAUUUUAUUUUCAGGA